AUCGACUACUCGCAACUAUGGGCAAAUCACAAAAGAAGAGGUCUAUGCGCAGACACAACCCAGUACGGGUCCCAGACUCCCAUAUACCGAAGGGAUUGGCUGCCGCAUCCUCCGCAUCCUCCAAAAAUGAGGCUAUACUACCCAUUAUCCAAAAGAUGUCCGGCCCGGAAGCCAGUGAACGGAAAUGGGCUUGCGUUGCCGUAUCAAAUCUCAUCCAAAAUGAUCCCUCGACGCGACGUCUGCUCCAGGGCAAAAACGUAGUCGGGGCGCUCAUCACGCGGCUUUCAGAUAACGAAGAAGAGGUCGCCAUUGAGGCUACUGGUGCUCUCCGUAAUCUAUGUAUAGAUGGAGGCUACGACAUAUGCGCAGAAAUGUACAAUAAGAACAUCUUGGCGCCCUUGAAAGAAUUCAUCCCUAAGAUAUCAAAUACACUCUCGCAAUACUUGACAUCCCCAGCAUCUGCUCCCGAGAAUGCCAAACAGCUUAUCUACGAAUUUGCCGAUAGCGUGAUUACCAUCUUGUGGUGUCUCUCGGAGACAUCCAGUAAGGCCCUGAAAGCCGUCAACGCCCUUGGACUUGUCCCGUUCCUGUGCUCAUUUCUCUCUGCGAGAGAUAAAUUACCUGCCUCAACUGUUACAUCCGCCGCCCAGUGUCUUUACGUCCUCACGGACGAGAACCUACCCGUCAUUAACGAGGUCCGGGCGAACUCAUCUUGCGUGACGUGCCUUCUCACCAUGGCCCAAGCUAUGAUGUCGGAUGUCAAGGGUAAAAGCAAGCAGAUGGAAAACGAGCGUUAUAUCACGCAGCAGGUGCUCGCAUGUGGUAUAUUGAGGAAUAUUUCGCCAUUUCCACCUCCCUCCGGCUCUGCUGCUGUUGAUGUCGAUCGCGAGGUCGUUCUGCCAGCUCUUGAGCCGGUCAUCCGUGGUGUCUCUCUUGGUCAUGUAGCGAAGAACGUCGAGGCACAACUUGCAAAGCUGGCAACAGAACCAUCAAUCGAGAAGCUUUCGCUGAAGAAUGCGCCCAAGUCAGACCAUCGCACCGCCGAAGAGACGGAGUUAGCGCGCACAGAGAACCAGUUGCGCACUGUGCAGCUGGCGCUUGAAAUCCUCACCGGCGUUUGUGCUACUCUUCCCGAUCCGUCCGGUGAAGAUCCAGAUGCUGAUAACGGUGGCGAGGUUGCAGCCGAUGUCGACAUGGAUGACGAGGCUCACGAUGAAGAUGCACAAGAAGAUGGUUCCUCGAUUGCAGUAACAAAGCCGACAUCAUUCCUCCCUCCACUCGUAGAACCACUCAUCGCCUUGAUCCAACCCAGUCCGCUCUCCUUUCCGAUACCGCCAUCUCCUUAUCCACCUGUUACGUCGGCCCUUGCGGCAAUUCACAUCAGCGCCCUGGAAUGUCUGAAUAACGUGUUUUUCUCGUUCACCUCAUCCCCUGCUGCUCUCAGGGAUGACGUCGAUGGUGGUCUGCGGAUAUGGCAGGAACUGUGGACUGCGCUGGCUGCGGUGGGAUUCAAUAUGGAGGUGUCGGUGACUCAGGAACCGGCGAGAAGAAAGGAAUACUGGGACACGGCCAUAGGUGUGCUAUGGGGAGUCGGCAUGAUAUGGAAAGGGCACUUGGUUCCUCAACAGGAUCAAAUCCAAAUAUUGUUGCAAUUGUGUAACAAAACCACCAGCGAAGUUGUGCGUGUUAAAUGCAUUGGCGUCCUGGAGUGCCUUGCGCAGCAUCCUCAGUCCGUGGACGCAAAUCGGGUCAUAGCCGAGCACUUACUGGCCUUACUACCCGAUGGGGCAUCAUCAGAUGUAGCCGACACGGAGGUUGCCCUUCAAGCUACAUCAGCUCUAAUUGACAUAUAUUCGGACGAAGCAUUACCGUACGAUGUCAACUUCCGCCAAGGUCGUUUCCUUGAGAAGCUCGCCGCAAGCAUCGAUGGCGUCAAACGUACCGUACGUGGAAUCGACAGGAAGCGGGAAGGCGGGCGAGAGCUGCGACUACGAGGGGAAGAAGUUCGCGACAACCUGGUGGCAUUCGUGCAAUAUCGGAGGGAUUUACGGGUAUAGGGCCAGGAUGCAGAUGACGGUCAACACGACAUCGCGCGCCAUUGCUAAUGCUCACAUGGCGGCUAUAUGAUUGGGUGCUAUAUUGUUGUGGGUGGGAGAUAGAUCCGGC